GUCUCAAAUCUAUGUAAGCACACUCCAUCGUUGUCUCAGUGUAGAUUCUUGUAGUGUUGUAUUUCGUGAUUUUUCUGAAGUAUGGAGAUGAUUAAUCAUAAAGAAGAUGCUUCCGUGGAUUCAGACGAGUCUAAUCGGCUUAGCAAUGAAGAUUUAGAGGCGUUGCAGUCCUUGCAGAGUGGUUUCCAGAAGUGUGUAAGUGCUAAUGGUUUGGGACUACAAGCUGCUAUGGGUAGUGAUUAUUGCAAAGUUUCAAUAAACUUCCCCAAGGAUACUGUCCCCAAAUGGAAAGAUCCAAAGUCUGGAGAGCUUGAAGGACUCUCAUAUGAGUUUGACCUGUGCGAAGCAGUAGCUACAUGGGAACAAGUUAGGAAUAGCUCUACCAUACUCACCAAGGAAUACAUUGAUGCCUUACCAAAUGGAUGGGAGGAUUAUGCUUGGCGCAGAAUCAAUAAAGGAAUUCAACUUAAUCGUUGCCAGAAUAAAUCUUUAUGCAUCGAGAAGCUUUCAUUGGUGCUUCCUGAAACACCACCAUAUUUUCCCCGGCAGUUUGGGCGAUGUGCUGUUAUUGGUAACUCUGGUGAUCUCUUAAAAACAAAGUUCGGAAAGGAGAUAGAUACCUACGAUGCAGUUCUAAGGGAAAAUGGUGCUCCAAUUCAGAACUAUAAAGAAUAUGUGGGAGAGAAAAGUACAUUCCGACUUCUUAACAGAGGGUCAGCAAAAGCCCUUGACAAAGUCGUGGAGUUAGAUGAAAAAAAGCAAGAGGUCCUGCUAGUAAAAACAACAAUUCAUGAUAUUAUGAACAAGAUGAUUCGGGAAGUCCCAAUAAAAAAUGCUGUGUAUUUAAUGCUUGGCGCUUCAUUUGGGUCCGCAGCCAAAGGAACUGGGCUCAAGGCUCUUGAGUUUGCUCUCUCGACGUGUGAUUCAGUGGAUAUGUAUGGUUUCACUGUGGACCCAGGUUAUAAAGAGUGGACAAGAUAUUUUUCAGAAUCCCGACAAGGACAUACUCCUUUGCAUGGUAGAGCUUACUACCAGAUGAUGGAAUGCUUGGGUCUCAUUAAAAUACACUCUCCCAUGAGAGCUGAUCCAAACCGAGUCGUGAAGUGGGUGCCAAGUCGCAGUACAAUUAGAUCUGCAAGAAUUGCAGCAGAGAAGCUCUUAAGGAGAGUUGGAGCAGGAUCUUCAGACCCAUUAGCUUCAUGCUCGAUAGUAAAGAAGAGAAACAAAAACAAGCGUCCAAUGGUCUCACAUCUCAGAAAACCUGUGAGCGACCAUCAAAAAUUUGUGAGAGGCACAAGCAUGUACCCUUUGGAGCACAGUCCAGGACACGGUCAGCUUUGUAUUACACCAGCUGACUAAAAAACUGCACAUCUAAAAUUGAUUUAUCAACAUACACACUUAAGCACAAAAAGGAUCAAUGGACGACGAUAGAUUCAUUCGAAAGCAAGUUCCUCUGCUAUUGCGCCAUUGUAGGGCGUUGAAGAUGAUCAA